GACUACUGGAGCUCAGGAGGACCAACCGUGACACCAUGGUUUUCAACUGUUAUGCAAAGGAAUCGAUUUUUUGUCAUUUUGUCAAUUUUCCACUUGUCAGACAUUGAGGCAGGAUAUGAACAGCCCAUUGAGGAGAGAGACAAAUUGUUUAAAGGUAGUCCCUCGAUGAAUCUCUGUUUAGAAAGAUUUAAAGCUGUAUAUUCUCCGGAUCAAGAGUUGGCCAUAGAUGAAGCUAUGUGUCCAUUCAAAGGCCAUUUGUCAUUCAAAGUCUAUAAUCCAAACAAGCCUAAUAAGUUCGGCAUUAAGUUAUAUGCUUUGUGCAAAUCCAAUUCAGGCUACUGUCUGGGGUUUGUCAUUUAUUCUGGACAAGCAACA